AGUUACCUCCCCUUUUAUUUGGCAAAUGGCGAUGGAAAACGAAAGUAGGAACUAUCGUUAUAAAUUGUUGGAAUGUUUAAUAAUAGUGACAUAGUCAGUGUAGCUUUGGAGAGCCCGGGUACUUUUUUAGCCGUCCCUUUACAAAUGGAGGAUACAGAAGAACCAGAGGAAGCUGAAGUAGCAGAAGUAGCAGAAGCAACUCUCGAUACUGAAAACAAUCAAGUCAAAUUCAAGAAAACUGGAAAAGAUGGGAACGCAGCGACUGGGAAAGAGGCAUGCUUGAACUGUGCUAAAUUGGAGGAAAAACUACGAAGAAUCCAAGAAGACAGUAGUCGACUUCUUAAUGACACAAUACGUUCUUACGCCAAAACUACUGAAGAACUUAAGAGCAAAAUCAGAUCACUUGUUGCACACAAUGAACAUGUUGAGGAACUUUACACACAGACAAAGCAGAGGUCAGAUGCUAUAACUGCGACAAUGGCUGAUGUGUUUGAAAGUAAAGGAGAACUGGAAAAUGUCAACGAUGAGUUUUCUAACACUAAACUGGCAAAGAGAUUUGAAGGAAUCUACAAUUAUUCAUGGACAUCGCUUACAGAGUGGUUUGAUGAUAAUAUUGCCGAGUUAGACGAGCUAAAUAGAAUUAAGCAUCUAACGGCGCUAAUGAAGAAAGCUUAUGAAAUAUGUGCAAGCAUAGCUGACAACGAAAUUCGAGUGUUUUUGGUAAUCAAAGAAUGGGAACCAAUUCCUUCUUCACGUGACGAUCCGUUACUAUAUAAAGUAAGAAGAUGUCAUGGACAAACGGAGAGAAAAAGGGAUAUUGUUAAAAAGAAUGUAUGGCAAAUGCUUCGAAAGGAACAUAGCGUGAAGCAGUUGCUUCGUGGGGAGCAAAAUGGAAAUUGUUCGACGGGUAUCGCCAAAUUAGAAGACUUUUUUAACGAAUUCGUCGACACUUGUUGGCUUAUAGCAAUUUCACAUCCAAAACUCCUUCUAAACUUUGACGUAUUGGGAAAGAUGUAUGAAGGAAGUAUAAAGGAUCGGUUUAGACGAUAUUCUUGUCAAGAUACUGUGAAAGAUAUGUCAAAGGUCAAGGAUACUAUAUUAGAAGUCGUGUGGCCUUGUGUUGAACUUGAAGACGGGUCCGGGAUACAUGCCAAAGGAGAUAUAAUUGUCGUCGAAGAAGGGUCAGCAGAGUGAACAGUUCAUGAUAAAUUGCAUAUUUUUAGGUCGUCGGUCUACUGAGUCAUUAUUGAAUAUGUGCUCCUUGUGUUAGUUGUUUUACAUGACAUUGUAUAAAAUAACAUUUCUGUCUCUGAUAAGACAUUUUAAGCACGUUAUAUGAUGUUUGAAUUUACAAGUCAAGUGACUCUAGUUCAGGCUGUGUUAAAUUGUAAUACCAAUGUAUGUGUUUGGAAAUUGGAAUAUGUCAGUCCUUCCGUUCCCACCCAUCCCUUCCGUUAUCUGACAACAUUCAAAAUAAAUGCAUUGUAACUUGAUAACAAUGAUAGAUGAUAAUAUCAGGAAGUUGAGAGUUCAAUAACCCUAUCUACAAAAAUGGGCGUCAUUAUUUCCAAUUAUGUUUAUCAUUUUUAGCUUGUCUGAUUUUUUAAAAAUAUCUACGAAGUAUUGUCGUCAGUUGAUCGUCGGUUAAAAUUUUUGUUAAGGUCCACCUUUUCUCAAAAAACAUUGAUUAGAGCUACAGCUUUGAAACUUUGUACACUUGUUUAUCAUCAUUAGUUGACUAUGUAGGCCAAGAACCUUAACUCUGAUAUACAUUUUGUCAGACUUGCAUGUAUGGCCCUUUCUGUACCUAGAAAAUUUGAUUUUCUUGGUUAAAAAGUUUUGUUUAGGUCAGCUUUUCCCAAAGACUGUAAGAGCUACAGCUUUGAAACUUUGCCCACUUGUUUACCAACAUAAGAUGAGUAAUUCGAUCGAGAACCGUAACUCUUGCCUGCAUUUUAUCAGAAUAAUGCCCCUUUUUGUACUUUGUACUUAGAAAAUCAGUAUUCACUUUUCAUGAAUAUUUACUAUAGCUUUGAGUAAGAAAGCCAAGAACUAUAACUCUUUUCUUACAUACUGUCCAUCACUUGCAGACGACCGCUUACACCUGCAUGUGGUGCUCUUGUUCAUAUAUGUUGUCAUAUUAGGCAAAAACUUUGACUGAAGAAAAGUUUGUUCUGGACAGUAACGGUUAGGCUUUGACAUGUUGCUAUACACAAGAAAAGAAGUUGAUACAGAAGAAUUCAAAUAAAUAUAGACGUUUCAGUUUUUCAUGUAUGACUGUUUAUGAAUCGCAUUCAGAACGAUAGAUCUAUAUCAGUUCAGUUUGUUAAAAGCUAAUGUGAAUGGCUUUUAUCUCAUUUUAUUUUGAUCGUUUCUCAUUAAUUGUGAGUAGUAGGGUAAUCUGGUCUAUGUUAAUAUUGAUAGUUUUUGGGGUCACUUAAUUCGCAACAGUAUAUUUCACGUACGGUUCUUGGACUAAAAUGGCACUUGAUUAUAGCUGAUAUGGGUAAGACAGCUUAGAUGUGAUACUCUUCAUACAUUUUAUGUCAUUAAAACAAUAGCACGUGUGGAGUUAUAUGAAUAUUUUAUAGAUAACCUAUGAAAUCAGCUGUUCUGGAAGAAAAAUUAAGUUGUCAACUGGCAAACACCUCACAGCUGCUGGUUCGACACCUGCUUCGGGAGUAGAAUUAUUUCAGGUGAGGCGGGCAUUCUUGUUGGCUAUAGCUGGUUAUACAUAGGUGCCCGUCCGUGCCUGAAAUAAUACUCUGAUGAGCACAUGGGAUCUCCCCACAUCCCCGCCAGUUGCCAUAUGUCCAGUAAUUGAAAUGGGUCGAUAUGACGUUACAUACAACCGCCAAACAAGUUGCAAAAAGCCUUAAUUAAAAAGAUAGUAAGGUCUUCAAAACAUGUCCGCUAAACAUAAUCUACGCGUAGUCCUGUCAACCAUCCCCUUCUUGAAAGGUUAAAAAGCCGUGUAAGUACACGUCCAUCAUACAUGAUGAUUAUUUUGAUGAAAGAAACGAGAAACUUGAAGGACAAUGGACUAAUUACCGAAAAUGCGAAAAAUAAUUUAAAAAUCUUGAAUUUAAAGUUUUGCUCUAAUUGCAACUGAAAACUAGAAGAUUUAAAGUCACUCCGAAACAAUUUUCGGCACGAGUGGGCACCUGGGUAGAACCACCAACCUUCCGUAAGCCAGCUGGAUGGCUUCCCCACGUGAAAGAAUUGUACACCCAGGCGAGGCUGUUAUAGGAUAAUAUGUUUAUGUCGGAUACAAGCUUCAAGCGUAUGUUGUAACUUUUAUAUAUAACCGACGUUAAAUAAAUCUUAUCUUAUCUUA